AUGUUUUCUUAUCAUCGGAGCAUUGAAAGUAUCUACUCCUUGGAGCUAUGUGUGUGUCUCCAAGAUGUUGGUGGAAGCUUCUUUGGUUCCAAUAACGUGGUGCAACUUGGAAAUUUUGGUGCCGCUAAUAUGAUGCCGUUCCAGGAGAUUGUUAGAGCUCCGAGUCCUAAAUUCAACGCCUUUGUCACGCACGGACAAACUGCAGGAAAUCAUUGUCCACGUCCUCCCCCUUCUAACCGAGUUGCAUUCCCAAAAGGUAUUGUUGGUGGGUUGGCAGACACUUCCGAUGAAGAUGAGAUCGAAGAUGAUAGUGGUGAAGAACCAGAAGAGGUUCCUGAAACCCAACCCGUUUACCGCGAGAGGGAUCUUCCGAGUCGUGUUGGAUCGGUUGGUGGAUCAAGCGGUACUCCAGGCCAUUAUUUGUCUCUAAAUCUUGGUGCAAUGGGUUCGACCACCGCUGAAGACACACCGAGCAACUAUACUUUGUCCGGUGAGAUGGAGCUGGAGGUAGGUCUAAAAUUUCUCAAUAGAGAAACUGCUAUGCUUGCCGUAAAGAACUAUAAUAUUCGUAGAAGUGCAGAAUACAAGAUUGUAAAGUCCGAUCAAGCUAGGUAUGUUUGUCGAUGCAAGCAGUUUGGGGACCAAUGCCGUUGGUCGGUUCGAGUUGCAAAGACAAGGGCCUCCAGAUUUUGGGUGAUUCGAAAAUAUAAAGGGCCUCACAGUUGUUUGGCAAGCUCGAUGUCGCAAUAUCAUGCUCAACUUGAUAGCGAUGUCAUCUGUCGCCAUAUAUAUCCCAUGGUACAAGUAGAUGCAACUAUUUGCAUAAAGGUGCUGCAAGGUUCAGUCGAGUCAUCAUAUGGGUACAAUGUUUAUUACAAGAAGGUUUGGCAUGCAAAGCAGAAGGCAAUUGCGAAAAUUUAUGGUGAUUGGGAUGAGUCAUACGACCAGCUGAAAAGAUAUUUCAAUGCACUGCAAACUUUCAUUCCAGGUAACCUUACCAAUUGA